GGAAGGCAAGCAACAUGUGGGACCCCGGAGGGAGAAGCAGGUAACAUCUAAAGGAACUGGUUUAAAUCCUAAUGCCAAAGCAUGGCAAGAAAUUCCUCCUGGAACUCCUGAUGCCACUACUGUAGCUCAUGGAACUGAAAGCUCUUGGCAUGAAACAGCAGCCACAUCAGGGUCUCAUCCUGAAGGAAAUGCUGAGCUUUCAGAAGAUAUGUGUAAGGAAUAUGAAGUAAUGUAUUCUCCAUCUUGUGAAACCACAAGAAACACUACAGGCAUUGAAGAAUCAACUGAUGGAAUGAUAUUAGGACCUGAAAAGCUGAGUUACCAAAUAUAUGAUGUUUCUGGAGAAAGCAGUUCAACAAUUUCCACAGAAGACCUAAAAGAAUGUCUAAAGAAACAAUUAGAAUUCUGUUUUUCACGAGAAAACUUGUCAAAGGAUCUUUAUUUGAUAUCUCAGAUGGAUAAUGAUCUGUUCAUCCCAAUUUGGACAAUUGCCAACAUGGAAGAGAUAAAAAAAUUGACCACAGAUCCUGAUCUAAUUCUUGAAGUGUUGAGAUCUUCUCCUAUGGUACAAGUUGAUGAGAAGGGUGAGAAGGUGAGACCAAGUCAUAAACAUUGUAUUGUCAUUCUCAGAGAGAUUCCUGAAACAACACCAGUAGAGGAAGUGAAAGCUUUGUUUAAAAGUGAAAACUGCCCCAAAGUGAUAAGCUGUGAGUUUGCUCAUAAUAGCAACUGGUAUAUCACUUUUCAGUCAGACACAGAUGCACAACAGGCUUUUAAAUACUUAAGAGAAGAAGUUAAAACGUUUCAGGGCACAAUCAUGGCAAGGAUAAAAGCCAUCAAUACUUUUUUUGCUAAGAAUGGUUAUCGAUUAAUGGAUUCUAGUAUGUAUAGUCAACCAAUUCAAACUCAAGCACAGUAUGCCUCACCAGUCUUUAUGCAGCCUGUAUAUAAUCCUCAUCAACAAUACUCAGUCUGUAGUAUUGUGCCUCAGUCUUGGUCUCCAAGUCCUGCACCUUACUUUGAAAUGCCACUGGCUCCCUUUCCCAAUGGUAGUUUUGUGAAUGGCUUUAAUUCACCAGGAUCUUAUAAAACAAAUGCUGCUGUUAUGAAUGUUGGUCGACCAUUCCAAAAAAAUCGGAGAACUGUUUUCAGAGGUCGAAGACGACGAGAAGAUAACAGAAUCCCAAGACCCCAUCCUUCAACAGCUGAAACAAAGGCUCCUACACCAAAGUUUGACUUACUAGCUUCAAAUUUUCCUCCAUUACCUGGAAGUUCAUCAAGAAUGCCAGGUGAACUUGUUUUGGAGAAUAGAAUGUCUGAUGUUGUUAAAGGUGUCUACAAAGAAAAGAAUAAUGAAGACUUGAGAGUUAGUUGCCCAGUACCUGUAGAAGAUGAGCAAACAGACUGUACUUCUGCCCUGCAACUCAAUAUGAGUACAAGUCCUCCAUGUACAGCUGAGCUUCCUGCAUUAAGCACAACUCAGAAAGAAAAGGACCCAAUAGAGGAAUCCAGUGUUCAGAAAGAUGUUCUCAGUCAUAUGACUAUACCAGUUUCUUCCCCAAGCACUGCAAAGACACCACAGGCAAAUACUGCUUCACCAAGUAAUAGUAACACAAAUGCAUCCAGAGCUGUGACCAUACAGGAACCUCGAAAGUUAAGUUAUGCCGAAGUGUGCCAGAAGCCCCCUAAAGAGCCAUUUCCAGUUCUUGUGCAGCCACUACGGGAACUUCGCUCCAAUGUUGUGUCUCCCACCAAAAAUGAAGAGACUGGAGCUCCUGAGAAGUCCAUUGAGAAAUCACAUGAGAAGCCAGAAGCAAGGGCUAGUAAGGAUUAUUCUGGCUUCAGAGGCAAUACCAUUCCCGGGGGAGCAUCUGGAAAAAUCAGGGAACAGAGACGCCAGUUUAGCCAUAGGGCUAUACCUCAGGGAGUGACUCAACGUAAUGGCAAAGAGCAAUAUGUGCCACCCAGAUCACCAAAGUAAAAUCAAAAAAACAAAACUAUUCAAAAACUUUCUCUCUUCCCAUUAAACUUGAGCCGUGGCUAUGUUGAACUGUUUUGGAGGGGAAUGGGUAGCCAGGAAGGAAACAAAAUAUAUCCUUAAAUCAUUAUGGAUUUUGGAAUUGUGAGGAGUAGAAUCCCAAAAUUCAUCACUAAAGUGAUUUUAAAAUGCU